GGGAAACAGAGCGUCAAUGCCGAUACGUCAUCAGAGGGAUUACCAACUCUCCCCCUCCUCUCCUCUCCUCUCCACACUAGUGGAAUGGAAGUUCCGCCCACCGAGGCAAAGCAAGGGAGAGAAGGAAAGAAGGGUGGAGGAGUGAGAGAGAGAGAAAGAGAGAGUGUGAAUGAGUGUUCCUCCAUGAAGAAGAAGAAUCGGGGUCGGACGUCAGCGCUUCUCAGCCGCACACGCGCACACAGCCUCGCCACACCAACAGUGCGGCGCCAUGCUGAAGCCGGGCGAGGCAUCGGCGGCCGCGGCAUCGGCGGCGUCGGCCUUUCUCAAAGUGGACGCGUCGUCGUACCUGCAUCACUGGCAGCAGCUUUUCCCGCACACGCCGCUCAAGCCGCCCCUACUGUCACCCUCAGGCCCCCCGCGCUGCACAUCCUCGUUGGGUGUCACUGCCGCCCUGGCGCCCGCCUCCUCUUCCUCCUCAGUCGUGGUCACCCAACUUCCUCUCGCCCAGCACAUGGCGCUCUACGGCCAGGCCCUGGUCCCGGCGGGCCCCGGGGGUCCCGGAGGGGAAACGCUGGGGGUGAUCCUCCCUGCCGAGAACCCCGCAGUGGGACGCCUCCUGCAGGUGAAGGAGCAGAGCUGCGGGGGGGUAGGAGUGGUGUCAUCUAGCGUGAAGAGCAUCGGCGGCGGCGAGGAAGGCGGGAAGACCGCAACGUCGAUAGCGGCGGGGGGCAGGAUGAAGCUGACCGCCGAGGAGCUGGACUACUUCCUGUACGGACAACAAAGGAUGGAGAUCAUACCCAUCAGCAGCCACAAUGCAGACGUCAACAAUCGCUGCGACAUGUGUGCGGACAACCGUAAUGGUGAGUGUCCCAUGCAUGGACCGCUCCACUCUCUGCGGAGGUUGGUGGGCACCAGCAGCGCCAACCCGGCAACCCUCACCCUUCCCGACCUGCCUGACUGGCUCAGAGAUCUGCCCCGAGAGGUGUGUCUGUGCACCAGUACACUUCCCGGCCUCGGGUACGGAAUCUGCGCCGCCCAGAGAAUACCCCAGGGCACCUGGAUCGGACCCUUCCAGGGCACCCCCCUCAUGCUGGACAAGGUCCGCUGCGGAGCCUCCAGGAACACGCGGCACUUGUGGGAGAUUUACGAUUCCGAGGGAACGUUGUGUCACUUCCUAGACGGCAACGAUCCGGCUAAGUCGAGCUGGAUGAGGUAUAUCCGAUGCGCUCGACACUGCGGAGAGCAGAACAUGAUGGUCGUUCAGUACAGGUCUAGUAUCUUCUACCGGGCAUGCCUGGACAUCCCUCGAGGAAGCGAGCUCCUGGUGUGGUAUAACGACUCGUAUACUUCCUUCUUCGGAAUUCCGCUGCAGUGCGUUGCCCAGGACGAAAACUUGAACGUCCCGGCGUCUGUGUCGGAGGUGAUGUCUCGUCAGGAGUCCUUACAACAACAACAACAACAACAAUCCUUUAGCAAGAGCGGCAAAGCGUCAUCCGUGGCCUCGUCUUUGUCGUCGUCCGUGCGCUCCAUGGUGUUUCCUCAGGCGGCGUGCAGCAAAAGUUUUUCCAUGCUGGACAAGAGCGGAGCACCGUUCCCGUCAUCUGAGUCAUCCUUCGGUCAGCUGUCCUCCAAGAACCAAAGAGUCCUGGCCAGUCCCACGUCGACCAGCCAGCUCAGUAGCGAGUUCAGUGACUGGCAUCUGUGGAAGUGUGGACAGUGCUUCAAGACAUUCACGCAGAGAAUCCUGCUACAGAUGCACGUUUGUCCCCAGAACCCAGACAGACCGUACCAGUGCGGCCACUGCUCGCUGUCCUUCUCGCAGCCGUCGGAGUUGCGCAACCACGUGGUGACGCACUCGAGCGACCGGCCCUUCAAGUGCGGUUACUGCGGCCGAGCAUUUGCCGGCGCCACCACGCUCAACAACCACAUACGCACGCACACUGGCGAGAAGCCCUUCAAGUGCGAGCGUUGCGAUCGCAGUUUCACUCAGGCCACACAGCUGAGCCGUCACCAGAGAUUACCGAACGAAUGUAAACCCAACAGCGAAGGAUCAGCGGGAGGGGAGUCUAUAGAGGUGGACUAGAACACAACAUAACAG